AAAGAAUGCCAAAGGUCAAUUGUUUGACAAAUGACACGGACUGGAACUGUUGAAGUUAUACUCAAUUUAACCCCCAAAAAUUAUCUCGUAUACAUUAUUUGUUACUGGUAGACCGCUAUGGAUUUCUGUACUCAGAAACUAGUACAGUGUCAGCUUGAGUCAGUAUAACCAUACAACACAAGAACAAAGUGAAGGACAAAGCCUCUGUGGUACAAGGAGACGACUGGUAGCAAGGAUUUUUGUUGCUCGUGCAAGUUUAAACGAAAACUACCAUGAAGUCUUUGCUAUUUUUAUGUCUGUGGUUGGCGAUAGCUAGCUGUGAUCCAUUGGCUCCUUUGUAUGAAACUGACGAUCCUGUUCCCAACAGCUACAUCGUCAAGAUCAAGGACAGUGUCGCACGGAGCUUUAUCAAUGGACAAUUCCAAAACCAACUUGAGAGAUCUGGAUUUCCAAACGCAAUUAAAAGAACCUCGACCUUGUCCAAUACAAUCGUAGUGGCUAUUCCACAUGAUAAGGUUGACAUGGUUCGUUCCAUGGAGGGCGUUGAGUACGUUGAGCAAGAUGGCUACGUCUAUCCUGAUGAUGUUGGGUCUUGGGGAAUCGACCGUAUAGAUCAGAAUGAUCUCCCCCUCGACGAUAGUUACGAACCAGGAAGUGACGGUGAGGGAGUUGACGUCUACGUCAUAGAUACGGGCAUCCUGUAUGACCAUGAGGAGUUCGAGGGUCGAGCAUUCUUUGGCCAGGACUUCAUAGAAGACGGCAGGGCGGGCUUGGAUUGCCACAGUCACGGCACUCACUGCGCGGGGACCAUUGCUGGCAAGACUUACGGUGUGGCAAAGAAAGCUAAUGUCUGGUCGGUUCGGGUCUUUGCUUGCUCCGGUGGAACUCCCAAGUCUAUUGUUAUAGCAGCUAUGGAGUGGGUAGCUGAGAAUGGCAAGAGCCCUGCUAUCGUUUCCAUGUCUCUCGGGGGCUCAUUCUCUGUAACUCAAAACAACGUGGUGUCUCGUUUGUUCAACGUUGGCUUUACAGUCGUUGUUGCCGCGGGCAACGCCAACAUACCAGCGUGUCAACGAUCACCAGGAAGCGCUCCUAAGUCCAUAACAGUGGGAUCUACGACAGAUACCGAUGCCCGGUCCUAUUUCUCAAACUACGGGACCUGUGUGGACAUCUUUGCCCCGGGGAGCUCCAUCCUGAGCGCCGGUAUAGAAUCAAACCGAGACGUCUCAACCAAGAGCGGUACAUCCAUGGCAUGCCCACACGUCGCUGGUGUAGCAGCCUUGGAGCUUGGUAAGAACAAGAAUCUGACCCCAGCUGACAUCACGGAGAUUCUCUUGAGUAAAGCUGUCAAGGAUCGCGUAGCUAAUGCCGGACCAGAGUCACCGAACCUUCUCCUCCGAAUUUAAAAGAUGACAGCUAGAUAGAUGCACAUUCCCUGUUGGGUAGGCUGCGUCGAUCGAAGUUUAAUAAAAGAAUAUAAAUUUAGGUAGUGUUCACCAGUUAUUGCUUUGCCGAAUUUUCUGACACUUUGUCCAUCUUCAGGGUGUAGCGAGGUUGAGGAAACACGGAGAACUCGCGGAAAACUUGUCGAUCGAAGUUCGUUCGUCCGUCACUUUUGUUUGGUUUAUAUAAUGUUCAUUGUCAUGAACAUUUAUAUUUCAUGGCGUGACAAUUCACAUAAUUUGUGUUACUUUUCGUUAGUUUUGGAAAUCAAUUAUGCAACCUAAACUUCACGCCAUCUAGGAUUACGUGUAAGUUUCAGAAAGUAACAAGGACAUGUAAAAAAAAAACCAUAUAAACUUACUGGAUAAUCCGCAAUACGGAAUGUUUCAGAUUUUAUGUUAUCUUAACUAGGCAUUGCAACUGAAGUCACAACUCAAAAUGGCUAGACGUACUAUUAAACCGGAGUCCGGGCUGUCCAGAGACUUUAUGGAAAAUGUCAAAUAAAGGAAGUAGGCCUAUCAGGCUUCAAUUUGGAUAAAGACUUUUAAAAGAGUUUCACAUUAAAUAAUGUGCUCCAUGACUACAUUUUGAUUUGGAUUUGUUAGUUUCAUGAGUUAUCGGGCACUAUAGUAAAAGUGGGCUUUAUGUGUUUAUUAUGUUAGUUGUUUCGUGACAAUGUUCCGUCGUGGUCACCAGCGCGCAUCGAUCCCCGGUCCACUUAUUUGGUGGUUUCGUCAGGGGCAGCAGCGCAGUUAUUUCCAACGUACACCGCGUGUUUUCACGUUCAUUG